GCGGCGGCGGCGGCGCAGUCUGCACCAUGGCUUACCCAGGGCACCCCGGCGCCGGCGGUGGGUACUACCCGGGCGGGUAUGGAGGGGCUCCCGGAGGGCCUACGUUUCCCGGACAAACUCAGGAUCCGCUGUAUGGUUACUUUGCUUCAGUAGCUGGACAGGAUGGACAAAUAGAUGCUGAUGAAUUGCAGAGAUGCCUGACACAGUCGGGCAUUGCUGGAGGAUACAAACCUUUUAACCUGGAGACUUGUCGGCUUAUGGUUUCUAUGCUGGAUAGAGAUCUGUCAGGCACGAUGGGCUUCAGUGAAUUUAAAGAACUCUGGUCUGUACUGAAUGGCUGGAGACAACACUUCAUCAGUUUCGACAGCGACAGGAGUGGAACAGUGGAUCCUCAAGAAUUGCAGAAGGCCCUGACAACAAUGGGAUUUCGGUUGAGUCCCCAGGCCGUGAACUCGAUUGCAAAACGAUAUAGCACCAAUGGAAAGAUCACCUUCGAUGACUACAUCGCCUGCUGUGUGAAACUGCGUGCUCUGACAGACAACUUUCGAAGAAGAGAUACUGGUCAGCAAGGUGUUGUGAAUUUCCCAUAUGAUGAUUUCAUUCAGUGUGUGAUGAGUAUUUAAAUCAAGAGGACACUGUGAACAACGUUGACAUUCCAGCUGGAGUGCUCUUGCUCUUUGCUUCCUUCAGUGACGUGUAAACUUGCUUGGCCACUUUUCCUUAACGGCUGUUGUUACCUUAUGUACAUCUAAGUUUUUGUUUU